CAACUGAUAAGGCAAUGGGAUUUUAUAACCGACCUUGGUCAGCCUCCUGACUCCAGACCCUACAACCCCCUCACAGCUUGUGACAACUGCCCUGAACUGUAACUUUUAUAAUUUUCUACUGCCUACCUCAAACCUAUAAAACCAACUCAUCCCACUGCCCUGUGCUCUCUUUUCAGACUCAGCCCGCCUGCACCUCAGUGAAUAAACAGCAAUAUUUCUUACACAAAGCCUGUUCAGAGGGGGUCUUUUCAUUCAGAGUGCACAUUUAACAGUUUGUUUCUGUUGAAAAAUCGUACGAUACAGCACCAUAAAUUCUGCAUUCCUGCAUGGAACUGGAUGGAAUUACAUUGUAUGGACUUCUUUGAGAUAAGGUGGCGCCCCUCCGUCUACUCCCUUUCUUAUAUCAAGAGGGGAAAAACACGAAACUACCUCUACCCAAUCUGGUCACCAUACGCCUAUUACCUUUACUGUUACAAGUACCGGAUCACCCUCCGGGAGAAGAUGCUGCCUUGUUGUUAUAAAAGCAUCACUUAUAAGGAAGAGGAGGACCUGACACUCCAGCCCCGUUCCUGCCUCCAGUGCUCCGAGUCCCCAGUAGGCCUCCAGGUGGGCAAAAGCACCGAGCAGAGUAACUACAACCAGCUUAAAGAACUGUAUUCGGCUGGAAACUUGACGGUGCUAGCUACUGACCCCCUGCUCCACCAGGACCCAGUACAGUUAGACUUUCACUUCCGCCUCACUUCCCAGACCUCUGCUCAUUGGCACGGCCUUCUCUGUGACCAUCGACUCUUCCUGGAUAUCCCAUAUCGGGCCCUGGAUCAAGGCAACCGAGAAAGUUUGACUGCAACGCUGGAGUUCGUGGAAGAGAAGACAAAUGUGGACUCAGUGUUUGUGAACUUCCAGAAUGAUCGGAGCGACAGAGGUGCCCUGCUGCGGGCCUUCAGCUACAUGGGCUUUGAGGUGGUCAGACCAGGUCACCCUGCCCUCCCUCCCUGGGACAAUGUCAUCUUUAUGGUGUAUCCCCUUGAAAGGGAUGUUGGCCACCUGCCCAGUGAGCCUCCCUGAACAUGCUUAUUCCAACGCUUUGAGGGGCUGGAAGCCUUGACACAUGGGAAUCAGGGGCCUGGGAUGUGAUUCCGGACACCUUCCAUCCUAGGAAUAAAGGGCAGUGCAAUCA